UCCAGCAUCCCUGUUGGGAUGGGCUCAGAGGCUCAGCUAUCAUUGACCUUCAGGGAUGUGUCAGUAGAUUUCUCUGGGGAGGAGUGGGAAUGCCUGGACCCAGCUCAGCAGAAAUUGUACAUGGAUGUGACGUUGGAGAACUAUAAGAACCUGGUCUCCCUGGGUCUUACUCUCUCUAAGCCCAUCCUGGUCACCUGUUUGGAGCAAAUGAAGGAGCACUGGGAUGUGAAUAGAAAACAGACAAUAUCCGUCCACCCAGAGAGCCAACUUGUGUCCAACAUGUCCCAAGUUCCUACAUCUUCUCAGAACCCUCCUGCCCUAGUGACCUUUCUCAUCACAAUAGCUAUUGGGGCCACCAUGAGUUCUUAUAAUAGAGAAGGAAAUUAUCACUGCAGUGAUCAUUGGACAAACUUCAAUCAAGAGUCAAAUACUAAUGAGAGAAUUAAGUUUCCAGAAGACCAUUAUAAAUGUGGAAAAGUUUAUGGCCGAAAAUCAAAUCACAGUAUUCAUCAGAUAAUUCAUGUGGCAGAAAAGACAGGCAAACAAAGUAAAUGUGACAGAUCUUUUAAGCAGUUUUCAGAUCAUAUUGAACAAGAUGAUAUUUAUAGCCUGGAAGAAGCUUACAAAAGUAAUGCUUGUGGGGGAGUCUGCAAUCAAAUAUUCUAUCUAAAUAGAUAUAAAGAAAUCCAUACUGGAAAAAAAACAUACAAAUGUGGUAAAACAUUUAAUUGGCUUUCAGGUCUCACUUUGCAUCAGAUAAUUGAUACUGGAGCAAAGGCUUACAAAUUUAAAGCAUGUGACAAAGCGUUUUACCAGCACUCAAAACUUACGCAACAUCAGAAAACUCAUACUACAGAGAAGUCUCAUAAAUGUGAAGAAUGUGGCAAAGCCUUUAGCUAUGGUUCAAAACUUACUCUACAUCAGAGAAUUCAUACCGGGGAGAAGCCUUAUAAAUGUAGAGAAUGUGGCAAAGCCUUUAGCCAGUCUUCAACUCUUACUGACCAUCAGAGAAUUCAUACUGGAGAAAAGCCUUACAAAUGUGGACAGUGUGGCAAGGCCUUUAUUCGCUUCUCAAAACUGAAUCGUCAUCAGAUCAUUCAUAGUGAAGAGAAACCUUACAGAUGUAAGGAAUGUGGAAAAACCUUUUCUUGGCAUUCGUAUCUUACUAAACAUCAAAUAACUCAUUCUCAAGAGAAGCCUUACAAAUGUGAAAAAUGUGGCAAAACUUUUUACUACCAUUGGUGUCUUAUGAAACAUGAGAGAAAUCACAGUGGAGAGAAGCCUUAUACAUGUAAAACAUGUGGCCAAACCUUUAAAUGGCAUUCAUGUCUUACUGUACAUGAGAGAAGAUUUCAUACUGGAGAGAAACCUUACAAAUGCAGAGAAUGUGGUAAAGCCUUUUAUGAGCAAUCCAAACUUACUCAACAUCACAGUAUUCAUACUUCAGAGAAGCCUUAUGAAUGUGGGAAAUGUGGCAAAGCCUUUAAACGCCAUUCAUAUCUUAUUGCACAUGAGAAAAUUCAUACUGGAGAGAGACCUUACAAGUGUAGAGAAUGUGAGAAAGCUUUUAGCCGAUCCUCACACCUUGCUCACCAUCAGAAAAUUCAUACUGGAGAGAAGCCUUAUAAAUACAGAGAAUGUGGCAAAGCCUUUAGGCAGUCCUUAGAACUUACUGACCAUCAGAGAAAUCAUACUGGAGAAAACCAUUAUGAAUGUGGUCUAUUUGGCAAAACUUUUAAUCACUCUUCAAAACUUACAUGACAUCAGGAUCAUACUGGAGAGAAACCUUAGAGAUGAAAAUGUGGUAAAGCCUUUGCUUGGAAUUUGUAUCUUACUGAACAUCAGAUUAUUCAUUCUCACUAGAAGCAUUGCAAAUGUGGAAAAUGUGGCAAAACCUUUAAUUACUCUUGGAGUCUUACCCAGCAUGAGAGAAUUCAUACUGGAGAAAAGCCUUAUAAAUGUAGUGUAUGUGCCAAAGCAUUUAAUCAGCAUUGGUGUCUUACCCCAAAUGAGAGAAUUCAUACUGGGAAGAAACCUUACAAAUGUAAAGAAUGUGACAGAGUUUUUAACCUGUGCUCAAAACUUACUUAA